AUGUUGUUUUCAGUUGGAGCACUGUCCUCUUUGCUUGCAGUUGCAAGGCAUGCGUCUGCGGCCACUGCCGCUGCUCCUGCGCACUUCCUGAUGAUCAGCGGCGUGACGGCAGUUGAUGAGACUUGCCUGGCAGGGUCUGCAGCAGGUGUGUGGCUUGAAUCCUGCGAGAAGGCAGUGGCUGGCAUGAGUGGGGAAGAGAUCUGGAGCUUGGCGACAGAUGGGACCUUGGUGCACGCGCGAUCGAAGAUGUGUCUCAGCCCGCAAGGAACAAGUGCUGCUGGUGUGCCUCUGGCGCUGGUGUCGUGCGACGCAGCUGGUGGCGUGGCGAAGUGGGAACUGCAAGGAAACGGUCAGGUCAAGAUGGCGCAGAGCAACAUGUGUAUCAGCCAGAUCGGACCAAGUGGUGCUGCGGUCAACGCGGCCGCUUCAGCUUCAGUGUUGAACCGCGCAGCACGUGCAAAUGUCCGCAUCACGGCAGAGGGUCAUCCGGCGAGUUCCGGGCUCUUGGAAAUCCAGACCAGCUCCGGGUCAUAUGGGUCUGUGUGUGGAAUGAAUGCCGAAGCAGCAAGUGUGGCCUGCAGGCAGUUGGGCUUUGAGUUCGGUGUGCAGAGCCCAUCUCCAUGCGGCCAGUAUGGAGGAGGGAGCUGGUGUGGGGCAGCAGGAUCACCUGUUGCCGUGAAGAGCUUGAAGUGCUUGGGGACAGAAAUGAGUGUUGAUGAGUGCAGCUCAGAAGCAGUAGACGAUGCAUGUCUGAGCCACGGCAGUGAUGCUGUCAUCUUCUGCGGCGCAAGCUCUGUGGGCGCUUUCCCAGACGGCGAGCUGCGAUUGGUUGGAUCAACAGGUGCACCAGCCCUGCCCAAAGAGGCCGGGCGCCUGGAAGUGUUUCUGGCCGCCGCUCAAGCCUGGGCGCCAGUGUGCAAGCUUGGGUUCACGAGCGGAUCGGCUUCAGUUGCUUGCAAGCAGAUGGGCUACUCAGGGUCAGCAGGCUUCGCAGGUUGCCGAUCCCAGGAAGCCUGUGGAGGAGUGGCGCCGCAGCUAGCAGACUUGGCUUGUUCUGGUUCAGAGACCAGUGUGUUGCAGUGCCCGAUGUCAAUCGGGGACGACGUGUUCUGUGCGCCAGAGGAGUCCGUGCUUCUGUCUUGUGCUGGACAGGGCGAUCCGAUUGGAAAGCCGACGGAGCGAACAAAAGCAACCAACGUUGUACAACGCGAUCGUACGCCGGUUGACGUGUUGGUGUUCUCGGUUCGGUCGGUCGGAUUCAUCGGUGUCGGGGGUGGCGGUUGGCAUGCGUCUGCGGCCACUGCCGCUGCUCCUGCGCACUUCCUGAUGAUCAGCGGCGUGACGGCAGUUGAUGAGACUUGCCUGGCAGGGUCUGCAGCAGGUGUGUGGCUUGAAUCCUGCGAGAAGGCAGUGGCUGGCAUGAGUGGGGAAGAGAUCUGGAGCUUGGCGACAGAUGGGACCUUGGUGCACGCGCGAUCGAAGACGUGUCUCAGCCCGCAAGGAACAAGUGCUGCUGGUGUGCCUCUGGCGCUGGUGUCGUGCGACGCAGCUGGCGGCGUGGCGAAGUGGGAACUGCAAGGGAACGGUCAGGUCAAGAUGGCGCAGAGCAACAUGUGUAUCAGCCAGGUCGGGCCAAGUGGUGCUGCGGUCAACGCGGCCGCUUCAGCUUCAGUGUCUGCAAGCUCGACGUUAGAUCCCAGCCAUGGGGCAGCACUGGCCGUUGACGGGGUGGCGUCCACUUACUGGGUUUCUAAACUGGACGAGGCAGAUGCCGUCAGCCUUCUCCUUGACUUCGGAGAGCCGGUGCAUGGAUCCGUCUUGGAGCUCGACUUCGAAUUCGCGCCUUCCGCGUUUUCAGUGCAGGCUGCUGAGGCCUCGUCGGAGAAUUGGCUGCAACUAUUUGCGACAGACUCGAACGCUUUGAAGCAUGUGAAGAUUCCUCUCGCGCCGGCCAAGCCCAUGUCGGCAGUCAGACUCAUCAUGAAGGAAGCCCAUCCGACACUCGGGACAAUGAACGGCCGUAAGCUUGUUGGGGUUCGUUCUAUCAGGCUGCUGACGCGGCUGCUGCAGCCGGUGCUGGAGCCAUGUGCAGUGGCGGCGAAAAGCCACGAUGCAAGAGACAAGUUCUUCACCGUUGCAGUCAGUGGUUUUGACCCGCAAGCUGGUGCUGCUUUGGCAGCCGAGAUGCCUGCGCUGGAGUCGGCAGAUGCGGCGCUUUCGUCUAUCGUCGUCGAGCUCGCGAAGGCUUUGCCUGCGAUCAGCUCCUGCAAGCCUGGCGGCCCUAUCUCCCUUCGUGCCAAUGCCACGAUGCAGAGCACUCAGCGACGCCGAGAAGUCGGCGACAUGGCAUUGGACGUGGGCCAGGAAGCAGCCCUGCUGGAGGAAGCCAGGGGCACCAUUGUCGCAGCGCGUGGGCUGCUGGCUUCGUCGUGCCAUGCGGCCUCUAUUCACUGGCGUAAUUUGGUGUUGAACCGCGCAGCACGUGCAAAUGUCCGCAUCACGGCAGAGGGUCAUCCGGCGAGUUCCGGGCUCUUGGAAAUCCAGACCAGCUCCGGGUCAUAUGGGUCUGUGUGUGGAAUGAAUGCCGAAGCAGCAAGUGUGGCCUGCAGGCAGUUGGGCUUUGAGUUCGGUGUGCAGAGCCCAUCUCCAUGCGGCCAGUAUGGAGGAGGGAGCUGGUGUGGGGCAGCAGGAUCACCUGUUGCCGUGAAGAGCUUGAAGUGCUUGGGGACAGAAAUGAGUGUUGAUGAGUGCAGCUCAGAAGCAGUAGACGAUGCAUGUCGGAGCCACGGCAGUGAUGCUGUCAUCUUCUGCGGCGCAAGCUCUGUGGGCGCUUUCCCAGACGGCGAGCUGCGAUUGGUUGGAUCAACAGGUGCACCAGCCCUGCCCAAAGAGGCCGGGCGCCUGGAAGUGUUUCUGGCCGCCGCUCAAGCCUGGGCGCCAGUGUGCAAGCUUGGGUUCACGAGCGGAUCGGCUUCAGUUGCUUGCAAGCAGAUGGGCUACUCAGGGUCAGCAGGCUUCGCAGGUUGCCGAUCCCAGGAAGCCUGUGGAGGAGUGGCGCCGCAGCUAGCAGACUUGGCUUGUUCUGGUUCAGAGACCAGUGUGUUGCAGUGCCCUAUGUCAAUCGGGGACGACGUGUUCUGUGCGCCAGAGGAGUCCGUGCUUCUGUCUUGUGCUGGACAGGGCGAUCCGAUUGGAAAGCCGACGGAGCGAACAAAAGCAACCAACAUUGUACAACGCGAUCGUACGCCGGUUGACGUGUUGGUGUUCUCGGUUCGGUCGGUCGGAUUCAUCGGUGUCGGGGGUGGCGGUUGGCAUGUGUCUGCGGCCACUGCCGCUGCUCCUGCGCACUUCCUGAUGAUCAGCGGCGUGACGGCAGUUGAUGAGACUUGCCUGGCAGGGUCUGCAGCAGGUGUGUGGCUUGAAUCCUGCGAGAAGGCAGUGGCUGGCAUGGGUGGGGAGGAGAUCUGGAGCUUGGCGACAGAUGGGACCUUGGUGCACGCGCGAUCGAAGACGUGUCUCAGCCCGCAAGGAACAAGUGCUGCUGGUGUGCCUCUAUCGCUGGUGUCGUGCGACGCAGCUGGCGGCGUGGCGAAGUGGGAACUGCAAGGGAACGGUCAGGUCAAGAUGGCGCAGAGCAACAUGUGUAUCAGCCAGGUCGGGCCAAGUGGUGCUGCGGUCAACGCGGCCGCUUCAGCUUCAGUGUCUGCAAGCUCGACGUUAGAUCCCAGCCAUGGGGCAGCACUGGCCGUUGACGGGGUGGCGUCCACUUACUGGGUUUCUAAACUGGACGAGGCAGAUGCCGUCAGCCUUCUCCUUGACUUCGGAGAGCCGGUGCAUGGAUCCGUCUUGGAGCUCGACUUCGAAUUCGCGCCUUCCGCGUUUUCAGUGCAGGCUGCUGAGGCCUCGUCGGAGAAUUGGCUGCAACUAUUUGCGACAGACUCGAACGCUUUGAAGCAUGUGAAGAUUCCUCUCGCGCCGGCCAAGCCCAUGUCGGCAGUCAGACUCAUCAUGAAGGAAGCCCAUCCGACACUCGGGACAAUGAACGGCCGUAAGCUUGUUGGGGUUCGUUCUAUCAGGCUGCUGACGCGGCUGCUGCAGCCGGUGCUGGAGCCAUGUGCAGUGGCGGCGAAAAGCCACGAUGCAAGAGACAAGUUCUUCACAGUUGCAGUCAGUGGUUUUGACCCGCAAGCUGGUGCUGCUUUGGCAGCCGAGAUGCCUGCGCUGGAGUCGGCAGAUGCGGCGCUUUCGUCUAUCGUCGUCGAGCUCGCGAAGGCUUUGCCUGCGAUCAGCUCCUGCAAGCCUGGCGGCCCUAUCUCCCUUCGUGCCAAUGCCACGAUGCAGAGCACUCAGCGACGCCGAGAAGUCGGCGACAUGGCAUUGGACGUGGGCCAGGAAGCAGCCCUGCUGGAGGAAGCCAGGGGCACCAUUGUCGCAGCGCGUGGGCAUGGCUGGCGAGGAGGAUUCCCGACUGCUGUGUUCAAGAUCGAAACAGAAAGUGUCAUGGAUGUAGCAAAGCUGGCCAUGCGGCCUCUAUUCACUGGCGUAUAUUUGGUGUUUGCAAAGGUGUUGAACCGCGCAGCACGUGCAAAUGUCCGCAUCACGGCAGAGGGUCAUCCUGCGAGUUCCGGGCUCUUGGAAAUCCAGACCAGCUCCGGGUCAUAUGGGUCUGUGUGUGGAAUGAAUGCCGAAGCAGCAAGUGUGGCCUGCAGGCAGUUGGGCUUUGAGUUCGGUGUGCAGAGCCCAUCUCCAUGCGGCCAGUAUGGAGGAGGGAGCUGGUGUGGGGCAGCAGGAUCACCUGUUGCCGUGAAGAGCUUGAAGUGCUUGGGGACAGAAAUGAGUGUUGAUGAGUGCAGCUCAGAAGCAGUAGACGAUGCAUGUCGGAGCCACGGCAGUGAUGCUGUCAUCUUCUGCGGCGCAAGCUCUGUGGGCGCUUUCCCAGACGGCGAGCUGCGAUUGGUUGGAUCAACAGGUGCACCAGCCCUGCCCAAAGAGGCCGGGCGCCUGGAAGUGUUUCUGGCCGCCGCUCAAGCCUGGGUGCCAGUGUGCAAGCUUGGGUUCACGAGCGGAUCGGCUUCAGUUGCUUGCAAGCAGAUGGGCUACUCAGGGUCAGCAGGCUUCGCAGGUUGCCGAUCCCAGGAAGCCUGUGGAGGAGUGGCACCGCAGCUAGCAGACUUGGCUUGUUCUGGUUCAGAGACCAGUGUGCUGCAGUGCCCUAUGUCAAUCGGGGACGACGUGUUCUGUGCGCCAGAGGAGUCCGUGCUUCUGUCUUGUGCUGGACAGGGCGAUCCGAUUGGAAAGCCGACGGCUCCUUAA